UGCAAAGCAACGAUGGCACAUGCUCUAGUUUCUUAUAAUGGUCGCUUGUACACGUUUGGUGGAGGUGAGAAAUUAUUGAUUUUAAAUCAUUUAAGUUCAAUGAAAAGUUACGAUCCAAGAGAGGGAAAAUGGAAAUCACUAAAACCAAUGAAUGAGGGAAGACACGGAUUGUGUAGUGUUGUUUACAAUGAUGAGAUUUACGCCAUUGGUGGUUAUGGAUUAAGUGUUGAGCGGUAUAAUAUACGAACCAACACUUGGACCAAUGUUGGCAGCUUGAUCCGCGAGCAAUAUGGUUCUUGUGCUUGUGUUGUGAAUGGGAAGAUAUACGUCAUUGGAGAUUCUGCUCUUGAUCAAAAUAUCGUAAGCAUAAAAUGGCCACAAAUGAUGAACACGUGAUACAAUACAAAGGCGAUCAUGAAGGACGUGUACUUACAAAGUUAAACAGGUUACGUAAAAGAAAAGUGUUUACUGAUGUCACAUUUAAAUUAGAAGAUGGAGAAGUUUCAGCUCAGAAAAGUAUUCUUGCUGGAUAUUCUGAUUAUUAUGAGAAAAUGUUCACAUCUGGGUUCAAGGAAGGUUUUAAUAAAGAUAUUGAAAUAAAGGAGAUGAAGGCUUCAAUAUUGGAUUUGUUGUUCACUUUCAUUUACUUACAAGUGAUCGAUAUAAGCGAUAAAACUGUUUGCCAGCUUUAUGAGGCUUCAGAUUACUUGCAGCUAAAUGAUGUAAAGGGAUAUUGUGUUAGCUUCUUUAAUGAUGCACUUGCUGUUGGGAACUGUUUAAGUUUCCGUUCCUUUGCACAAAGAUACCAGCUUCUGGAGUUGGUGGGAAAAUGUGACAAAUUCAUCGUUGACAACUUAGAGUUGGUUUCAAAGGAAUUUCAAUUCAUGGAAUUGUCCGUUAAUGAAGCUGAAGCUCUAAUUGCUUUGAAACAGAAACAGGAUUCUUGCCAAGAUUCGAUUUUCAGGACCAUCUUGAAUUGGAUUAAACACGACUUUAAACAACGUCAACAAUUCAUUGAACAGUUGUUUCAAUUGAUUGAUGUCAAAAAACUAUCAACCGCAUUCCUUGAAGAAGUCGUUAAAGAAUCUGAGAGAUGGAUAAAGAGAUUGGAUUUCUAUUUUGAUGUUCUCAACCCAGAGUAUAUCGCUCGUCUUAAAAAUCAACCGGAUGUACCAGGUGGUGCUGUGAAACAUGGCGGAGCUAGAGAAGAAGCAACAUUUGAGUUCAUGAUUGUGGGUGGUCGUGGAACAGAAAAACUUGUUCAAAUUUAUGACGUUGUCGGGAAACAUUUGAGAGAAAUUAGGUUUUAUCCACAGUCAACUUUGUAUGAAAGGUGGGCUUCAACCAGUGUGAAGAUAAACAACCAUGUUUAUACGACUGGAGGUCAUAGAUCCAACGUUGUCGAAUGUUUGAAUUUAAACCAAGUUGAUGGUGAUUGGUACAAAGUUGCAUCUAUGAAUGAAACACGAUGGGGUGCAGCAUCUUCUGUGUUAAAUGAUCAAAUGUGUGUAGCAGGAGGAAGGGAUAGUGGUAAUAAUGUGUUAUCAUCAGUUGAAUUAUACAAUCCAGUGGUGAAUAUUUGGACAAACAUUGCUUCAAUGCAAACUGAACGACUGCUGCAUGCUCUUGUUUCUUGUAAUGAUUUAAAACCGCACGAUGAGCAAAUAAUUACCGAUUACUCCUUAUGCACUUUACAUAGCGGCACGUGUUUGUGAAAUGAGAAAUCCACACAACGAUUCACGACUCAAACUAU